AUGUCACUGCUGCCGCCCGCUCGUGAUGAUGGCGGGCUCCUGACUGAUGACUUCUUGUGUUUCUCUAUUGGCAGGCUUGUGCUCAUCAAUGAGGUCACCAUGGAGCGUGUGCACGGCGACACUGGUCUUUAUUAUUCCUACUACAAGACAAUUAUUGAGGCUCCUUCUUUCCUGGACGGCCUCCACAUGAUCAUGAAUGAUCGACUGACUGAGCAUCCUCUGGUUAUUAACACACUGAAGAGAUUUAAUCUCUAUCCAGAGGUGGUCCUGGCCAGCUGGUACCGUAUGUACUCUGGUGUAAUGAGCUACUUGGGGAUCCCCACAAAAAUGUGCUGGUCCAUCAACAGAGGAGAGGGGCUGUCUGCUGUGGACAGCUGUGAAGGGUUGGGAGACCCAGCUUACUUCUAUGUCGCCUGCGUGUUCCUGCUGAACGGAGUGAUGAUGAGCCUGUUCUUCAUUUACGGUGCUUACCUCAGUGGAAGUCGACUGGGAGGAAUUGUUACGGCAGUGUGUUUCUUCUUCAAUCAUGGUGAAAGCACUCGAGUGAUGUGGACUCCACCGCUGAGGGAGAGCUUUGCGUACCCAUUUCUUGUUCUGCAGAUGCUGCUUCUCACUUACAUCUUACGGACACGGAAGCCGAGCAGGACAGCCAUGGUUGCUCUGGGCGUCUCUAAUUUGUGCUUCAUGCUGCCUUGGCAGUUCGCCCAGUUUGUGCUGCUCACUCAGGUAGCUUCCCUGUUUGCGUCGUACAUCCUAGGUUACCUGGCUGCUGCCAAGAUGCAGUCCAUCCUGGUCACUCAUAUGGUCACACUGGGUGUCUGCUUCGUCCUGAUGUUUGGUAACUCCAUGCUCCUCACGUCCUUUUAUGCCUCAUCACUCAUUUCCAUUUGGGUGGUCAUUGCUUUGAGAGAUCGAUUCAUCCAGCUGUUCAAACCUGGCAUUGUCAUCUGGGUAAUGCAGGGCGUGGCCUGGGUCAGCUCCACAGUUGUGCUCAAAUGUGUGCUGUCUACAGUCUUUGGUGCCUCUGAUGACGCUCACAUCAGUGGAUUGAUCAAGUCCAAGUUUACAAAUUAUAACGACUUUCACACGCUGAUGUACACGUGCGCGGCUGAGUUUGACUUCAUGGAGUUCCAGACGCCUGUUCGUUACCUUAAAACGCUGCUGCUCCCAGUCACCCUGCUGGUGGUCGCUGUUGUUGCUGGCGUGACUGUUCGGGAUGUUCUGCGGCGUCUGAGACACGAAGCAAAGACGUCUGCAAAGACUGAAGAUGAUGAUGAUGAAGCUGCAGGCUCUGACACGGCUGAGAAAGGAGAGCUGGUUUACCACAGCUUGCAGCUGGUAGCGUUCGCCGUCCUGGCCGUCCUGAUCAUGCGCCUGAAGCUCUUCCUGACACCCCACAUGUGCAUCAUGGCCUCACUGAUCUGCUCCAAGCAGCUGUUCGGGUGGAACGGUGAGAAGUCCAAGCAGCAGGCUGUCGUUGUUGCAGUCAUGGCCAUGAUGGCCGUGCAGGGCGUGGCCAACCUGCAGGCGCAGUGGGCCAUCAUCGGAGAGUUCAGUAAUGUGCCGCAGGAGGAGCUGCUGGACUGGAUCCAGGGAAACACUCGCACAGCCUCCGUGUUUGCGGGAGCCAUGCCCACCAUGGCCAGCGUGAAGCUCUCUACUGGUCGACCAGUCGUCAACCACCCCCACUAUGAAGACGCUGGUCUCAGGGAGAGAACCAAGCUGGUGUACUCCAUGUACAGCCGCAUGUCUGGAGAAGCUGUGCAGAGGAACCUGAUGAAGCUGGGGGUGGACUUCUUCAUCCUGGAGGACUCUUGGUGCACCAGGCGAACCAGGCCUGGGUGCAGCAUGCCAGAGAUCUGGGACAUCGAGGACCCGGAAAAUGUUGGUAGAAUUCCCUUCUGCACCCACAUGUCCAGGAACUCACGCCCGUACUUCACCACAGUCUUCUCCAAUGACAUUUACAAAGUUCUCAAAGUCCCCAAAUCCUCCAAAGAUCUUAGAUAACAUCGUCGGACAGAU